AUGGAGUCCAAUGGAUCUGACAAGCCCAAAAUCGACCUCACGAACAUCCAGGGUGAUAUCUGGCCUGGUCUUCCCAAAAGGCACCAAGAGCUUUACUUCUUCACGAUCAAAGAUGAAUCGAAGUUUCGUGGUCACUUGGCUGCACUGAUUCCCGAUAUCACUACGGCCGAGGAGGCUGUUCAGAACAAGGGGAUGAUCAGACAGCACAAGAUUGAGAUAGCCAAGGGCAAUAAAGCCCCUCACCUUCUAAGCCUAGGCUGCGUGAACAUCUCCUUUACCAGCAGUGGUAUUGGUAAACUGGGAAAGCAUGAUCUUAAAGCCGGAAACUUCGAAAACGGUAUGCUGGCAGAUGUCAGAGCUGGAGGCCCCGGUGGAGAGGGCCGAGAUAACCCAGAUGACUGGGAAGACAAGUUCAAGAGCCCCAAAAAGCCCAUAGAUGGUGUGAUUCUGGUGACAGGGGAAUCUCGAUUUUCCGUUGAAGCAAAGCUUCAUCAUGUAGUUCAUCACUUCGUUGGAAUCCUACCUUGGAAUUCCAGUGUCGAGGGCUUGUUCACGGUUAGAGGCAGCGCCAGAGAGGGUGAGAACAAGGGCAAAGAACACUUUGGGUUCCUAGACAGCGUUUCCCAGCCCCAGCUCGAAGGGUUGGACGACGAUGUUAAAGAGGGUGAACCCGCGCUCGUCCCUCCUGGCGUAAUCAUCAAUAACCAGCCAGGAUAUGCUACCAAGCAGCCGGAAUGGGCUACAGACGGUAGCUUCUUCGUUUUUCGCAAGCUGCAACAAUAUGUUCCGGAGUUCCAAAAAUGGGUGGACGAUACUGCACCCAAGCAUAACCUGAACAGCGGCCAGCUUGAAGCACGCUUGAUGGGCAGAUGGAAGAGUGGUGCCCCCGUUUGUAUGACUCCGUGGGAAGAUGACCCAAACCUCGCUAGAGCCAACAAUUACGAUUACAAGCCACUUGAUAAACAGGAUAAGUGUCCCUUUGCGGCUCACGCGCGCAAGUGCAACCCUCGUGCCGAUCUGAGUCGCCCUGGAAAAUUCGUAAUCAUCCGUCGUGGUAUUCCGUACGGCCAGGAAGUGACGCACAAGGAAUGGAAGGACAACAAGACAUCUGAUGACCGUGGACUUCUUUUCAUGUGCUAUCAGAGCAACAUCGCCAACGGAUUCCGCAUGCAGCAAGAAAGAUGGUGCAACAUGGAGACUUUCCCGGACGACAAGGACCAGGAGACCGGAGAUCCUGGUCCUGGUUAUGAUGCCAUCUGCGGCCAGCCCAACCCACCAGACACUUUUGAUAUCAGCCUCUGCGAUGGUGACAGUAAAAACUGCCGCAUUAACAUCAAGUCCUGCGUGGUUCCAAGAGGCGGCGAAUACUUCUUCACUCCGUCCAUCAAGGCCCUCAAGGACUUUACCAAGAAAUGA